CUUGUUACCUGUGGAUGUCAGUAUGGACCAAAUGGAAAAUGACAGAAUCACAGAUGAUAAUAAUUUAGAGGAACAGGAGUGCCAGUCAAAAGAGACAGAUUUGGGUGUCAGGCCGACUCUGUCACAGGUUACAAAGUCAUGGGGAUUUAGGCGGACAACCAUUGCUAGAAGGGAGUUCAUGGACGAAGUUGGAGACCUCAACCACAGUCCUCCACAUGUACGGAGAGGCAGAAGUCGUCGAAGCAAUCCGACACCCCAGACUUCUACAGACACCCGCGCUACCCAGAAAGCUACUCGGACAACUCGGACUGUUAUAGAUGACCUUGAGUGGUCCGCUCCAUCUUCUCCUGCAUCCGAGGAGAGCAAACCAGCCUCAGAAGCUUCUACAGGAGCGACCCUCGACCCCAGUUCAUGGCAGGAUUUUGGGUCUGCCUUUCAUACUGCCUUAUCACUGCUCGGGGGCAGUGAGGAUUUGUCACUGGAAAUGCCUGAUGAACUGGCAGCACCGGAUGUCUCGGAAGCUACUAAUGCAGAUGAAGCUGAGGUGCCUGAUAAUAUUGAAACUGCUGAUGACAUGGAGAUUUCACUGCCUGUUGCUCCUGAGGAAAAUGAUGAUGUAGUGUUGCUCUCUAGUCAGGAAGAGGACAGCGAUGAAAUGACUCUGUUACAGAUUAAGGAGCAGCUGGCAUCUAAAGGCAGGAAGGGAGACACGGGGGCUCGAGGGGGAAAAGGUGCAAGAGGAAAGGCCAGAGGAAGGGGGAGAGGCAGGGGAAGAGGUAGGGGAAAAGGCAGAGGAAGGGGCAGGGGGAGGGGCAGGGCAGUGCAGCUUGAGUCAAUCAUAGCAGAUGAUGAGGACAAUGACGACGUGGUGAUGCUCAUUAAUGCAGCUGAACAGCAGCUGCAGCAGUUGCAUGAAGAGCAAAAAGAAAAUGAUCCAAGCAGCCCUGUUGAAAUAGACUCUGAUAUUAGUCCUGAUAUGAGUCCUGUGCAGCGAUCAAACUCUGACUGUAUAGUCAUAGACACUGACUCAGACCACACACCUGAAGUAACUCCUGGACAGUAUGAUGAUGCACCAGAGGAGGAGGAUAAGACCUUAGGAAAGCAUUCAAGCAUAUCGGACGAGGCUCUGUGCUGCAUCUGUCGACAAAAACAAAAUAAAAGGUUCAUGAUUUGCUGUGACAGUUGCCAGGAGUGGUUCCAUGGCGACUGUGUUGGCGAGACAGAAGGCCGCAAGAUGGAGAGGAAAGGACAUGAGUACAUCUGCCCCCAUUGCACUACAAAGAAGCAAAGCCAACUCCAAUCUGAAUCGCACACUCAGCCAGAGCCUGAGCUUAGCUUUCCCGAAUGCUUGACACAAAGUCCUCCUGGUGAAAAAGAGGAGGGACAUGAAGAGAAGCAAGCCCCCAAGGAAACUGUAGAGGUGGAGGAGGAGGAGAAGGCUCCCUCAACGAAGCCAGAGACUGAACCUGAAGUGGAGAUGGAGACGGACGACUCUCUGCCUCUGUGCAUUGGACCUGGAUGUUCCAAACAAGCUUUACCAGACUCUGUUUACUGUGGCACUGACUGCAUCCUUCAGCAUGCUGCCGUCACUAUGAAGACACUCUCUGGCACUAAGGUGCCCAAGUCCAAAGGACGGGCACAGAGAAAAGCUCCGGCAGCCAAACCCACUGCAAAGGGUCAGAAGUCGGGUAGGACGUCUAAGAGGUUAGCAGAAAAAUCUGAGGAAGGAGUUGAAGAGAAGGAGAUGGAGGAUGGUGGAAGACAGAAGGAGGCUGCAUCUCCCUUAGCCUGCGACCCCACUCUCAAAGGAGUUCAGGCCACUUCCAUACCAUCAUCUAAGUUUUACACAGCGUCCAAAGAGGACAGUGAACAAGUAAAGGCUGACAGUGACACUGUAGCUCCUCCAAAACAAUCUCCAGAAGAGCCCUCUACAGGUGCUGCUCCCUCUUCCCAGCCUGUUAGUGAACCAGCUCCACCACAGAACCACUCUCAAGAAAAAGUAAAGGAGUCAAUCAACAGUGGUGUGUCAAAGCAAAAACCUGUAGAAUCAAAACCCUCUAUACCACCUACUUCAGCAAAAUCUACUCCUCCAGUCACACAAUCACCAACCACCUCAGCCUCCAAACAUCAUGAAACAGGGGCCCUUAUGGUCACCAAGACCACAUAUGUCAUACCAAAGAAGCAGUCCGGGCCACAGCCAUCGUCCAGCCAUGUGUCAGCCUCAGCAUCAUGCCAGAAGCCUCCAUCAGCCCCCACGCUGCUGAACGAAACCAGAAAUCUGCUGGUGCCACCUGCUCCCAGUGCUCCCUCCUCAAGACCCUCUCAGCCCAAUAACCAGGUCAGACAGAGCAUCCAGCGCUCCCUCACCAGCAUCCUGGUCAAAAGGGUAUGUGAUUGUGAGGAUUUGGAGAUGUCUGAGAGUGACGUUGCAAAGCUUGUUGCAAACAUUGAGAUGGAGAUGUUCGACAUAUUUCGCAACACAGACAGCAAAUACAUGAACAAGUACAGAACUAUAAUGUUCAACCUGAAAGACCCAAGAAACAAGGGCUUGUUGUAUCGGGUCGUACGUGGAGAGAUCAGUCCCUUCAGACUGGUCAGGAUGAGCCAGAAGGAUAUGCAGGCUACCAAGCUACCAGAACCAAGUGCAAUAGAAAGACCAGAGGUCAAGGAUGCAACUGCUAAAGCAACACGUUUGCUGCAGAAGCCUGAAGCAGUGAAGGUUGAUUUGCCAAGUUUAAAUCCCCCUAGGCCUGACAGAAGAGCUGAUAGCAUGGAACAAAAAGGAAGUCUUCCUACUCCUGCUUUCAAGACCAGAGCAAGCCAGCCAAGCCAGGGCAAUGCUGUACCAGAUAUUCUUUCCUGUAUGCUUAAGGAUACAACAUCAGAACACAAAGCUCACCUCUUUGACCUGAAAUGCAAGAUAUGCACAGGCCAGAUGUUACCUGUGGAAGAGGAGGAACCCGCAAAGAAAAAAACAAAGGUGUCUGAACCUAGAGAUAAGCAUUAUCCUCCAUGGAGAAGGUCUGCAGGAGAUGACUCCCCUCUGCGGGCACCACCUGAUUCACCUGAUAUGGAUUCUCCAACAUUUCCCCAAAUGGACCGUUCAUCCCCCCUUACCAUUGACUCUCCAGUUUUGACUAUAGUUGAAUCCCCUGCUUCACCCAUUAUGGAUUCUCCAGCCUCCCCUACUUUAGAGUCUCCUGCUUCCCCUGUCAUGGAGUCCCCUGCAUCUCCAACUCCAGACUCUCCUAAAGCUCUAACAACAAAGAGAGCAUAUACACCAGUUGUGAUUCCAGCUGUCUCUACAGUAACCAUUACAAGGCGUGACCCUCGUACUGCCGCAAGCAGGAUAUCUGCUUCAUCCAGUACAGCCUCUGGUCCCAAUACAACCCAUAACCGAUCAGCCCCUUAUGCCCCUCUUAAAGAGAUGAGCUCUGUCUCUCCGUCAGCACCAGCCUCUUCACUACGACCAAAACAAAAAAUACCUAAGUCUAUCUUAAUGAAGCCAUCUUCCUCAACAGACCCCAGACUCUAUGGCACAUCUUCAAGAACAGUGAUCUCUGAAUCCCCCGCUGAUGGUGAGACAUCUCAGUUCCUGGCAAAGCAAGACAUUUUGUGGAAAGGCUUCCUUAACAUGCUCACUGUAGCCAAGUUUGUCACCAAGGGAUAUCUGGUUUCAGGAUCUGCUGAAAUUCUUAAAGCGGAUCUACCUGACACCAUACAAAUUGGAGGACGAAUCAUGCCUCAAACAGUGUGGGAAUAUGUUGCAAAACUAAAGACCUCUGUUACAAAGGAAUUAUGCGUGAUCCGGUUCCACCCUGCAACAGAGGAGGAGGAGGUGGCCUAUGUCUCCUUGUUUUCCUACUUCAGCAGCAGAGGUCGUUUUGGUGUAGUCGCCAAUAACAGCCGUUCCAUCAAGGAUGUAUAUCUUGUACCGCUCAGUGCAAAGGAAUCGGUCCCAUCUAUUCUACAACCUCUUGAAGGACCAGGACUUGAAACGAACCGGCCCAAUCUUCUUCUGGGUCUGGCAAUCGUCCAGAAACCAAAACGCUCUGGAAGCUUGCCUCAGGAAAUUGAAGAGAAGAGACCCAAAGUUCAUAUGUCUAAAGACCCAAUGUGGAUCCCUAAACCUCCAGUCCUCUAUGGCUCUGACAAAUUGGAGAUAUUCCAACCCUAUGAUCCAGAGACUCCUGCUAGUACCACCCCUCCUGGAUCACCUUCCUUCCCUGGGUCACCAUCAGACUCCUCCUCUUCUGGCUCCGUCACCAUACCAUCUCUUUUGACUUCCAUUAGAGCAACCCCCCCUGUUUCUACCUCAGCCACUGUUGCUGUCACUCAGUCCAUCUCUAAUAACAAUUCUGAAAAGAAUCCACUAAAGACUAUCUUGAAGACUUUGUUUGGCAAUAAGCAAACUGACUCCAUGGUCUCUGAUGAAAGUUCAACCACAACAGCAGCAACAAAAGUAAGUGCUAAGAUGCUCCCAGUAUUUUCCCAGGCAUCUGGGUCCAUGGUGGAUCCAAUUGUUCAACAGUAUGGACAUAAAUCCAAAGUUAAAGAGAUAGAAGAAGAGGAAAAUGACUUUGACCGACCAUAUGACCCAGAAGAGGAAUAUGAUCCAGCAAUGGGAUAUAGAGUGGUUUUACCACAGAGCAUAGAAAAAAUUAAAGCAGACGGCACUGCACUGUCAGCCUCUGUAGAUGAUGAUGUGGCCUAUGAUCCAGAAGACGAGACUAUCUUUGAAGAUAUUCAAAGUGAUAUUGUUGUAACAAAGCCCCUUGUUCCAACUCAAAUGUCAGAUUCUCCAUCAUGCCCGACACCAAUUUCCACCCAAGUUGUAACACCAACACCAACUCCCACUUCUACCCCAGCCCAAACCUCUAACCUGGCUGCAGUUCCACAGAACCUCCCUACAGGCACUGUGGUUGUCUCAGCUGCAACACUUACUGAACAACAGAGGAUGCUUGAGGAGCUUAAUAAGCAGAUUGAAGAGCAAAAGCGGCAGUUGAAGGAGCAGGAAGAGGCACUUCGACAACAGAGAGAGGCUGUGGGUAUGUUCAUGGCUCACUUUUCAGUUUCUGAUUCCCUGAUGUCUCCCCCACAAAAAUCUCUACCUCUCAGUCAGCUGUCAUCUCAGCAGAGUGGCAUAAUGCAAACAGAGUCUAGGCCUUCAGAAUCAACAGACAAGGCCAGCAACCCUUCAGAGAUUAUGGGCUGUCCAAAUGUAGAUUCACAAACUGUCACUCCAGAUGACACAAAUGCCAUCUCUCAAUUAAAAAAUGAGACAGAUACUGUUACAGAACAAGAUGAAACACAGGAAAAUGACAAUUAUUCCUCUGCUGGAGAGAUUGAAGAUUCUGAUGUAGCUUAUGAUCCAGAGGACGAAUCACUUUUUAAUGAAAUUCAAGAUGAUGUAUUUCAAGGAAGCAGUAUAAAAACUCGGGAUUCAUCUUUGUCUAGAGCAGGGCACAAGGGUACUACUUCGAAUUCAUACCACAGCAGAAAGCGAAGACCAUCACCAAAGAAGCGGAGUCACCGUGAAAGGGACCACCAUAGAAGUCCCUCAAGAAAAUCACAGCGGCGUUCACCUUCACAUUCCCGGAGACGUAGAGAAAGGGAUAGACACAGGAGAAGUGAAAGGGACAGGUCAAGGCAUGGAGCUAGAGACCCGUCUGAACGCCAGGCUCGUCAUCGUAAAGAGCAUACUACACACCGCCGUUCGCAUGGGCGUAGAAGGUCCCCAUCAUCUCCCAGACAAAAAGACUCUGUGUCCCUUUCACCAAAACAACAUAGUGGAUCUUCCACUCCUACCAUUGAGAAACCAAAGCAUAUAAGUGGCCAGCUUAAUACUCCGUUAGGACCUGUUGUUGGACAAUGUCUAGAAAGUAACACAAUACCUUAUACACCAGUUACUAUAAAAAGUGAUCCUGAUGGACAUCAGGUAAAGUGUAAUCUUUUUGAUACUACAAUUCCACAGCAAAACAGCCUUGAGAAAGUCUUGUCACAUGCACUUCUUCACAAUGUCAAGCUUGGGAUUUCAGAACCACCAAAAUCCAAAGAGCUUCAAAAACACUCAGUCAGUGACCAUGUCAACACAGGUACUAGUUCUUCAGCACGGGUGGAUAAACCCCCUGAACAAGAAACUGUGCUUAAUAGCAAAAUUGAAAGUACAGUUCCACUAAGAGAAAUUGAUCCCCCCAUUCGAGAUUCUCCUGAGAGCCCUGAUCCAGACCCCCAGUUUGUGCAACCUAUCAACAUAGGAAGGAGUGAAUCUGUUAAGAUUGAGGAAAACAGAGAUCCUGAGAAACAUAUCAGUGGGUUAAUGCCACUAAUCAAAACAGAAAACAAUUGUCUGCCUAUUGGAGUUCAAGCAACACUGUCCAAAAUACAGUGUCCUACUGUUGAAGGCACAGUGUCAAAUGUUAGAAAGUUGGAUUUUAAAACCUUAGAUCUACGAGGCCCAGACAAACAGACAGAAGAUGUAUGUACAGACCUAAAGCAUCCAGAAAUACUGGGUCAAGGGAGGGCACAUUCAAAUCCAGCUACAGGAGCAGGUAUUCAGGGUUCAGAUAUCAAAUUCCCAGGACCAGAAUCAGAUAUUAAAGGCCCUGGACAUAAAGAGUCACAGAUAGAUUUAAAAGAAACAGGAAUUAGAUUUCCUAGGUCUGAUAUGAGAAGUCUAGACAUGCCUAGCAUAAACCCGAACCUUUGGAGUCUUGAACCACAUGUACAAGACCAAGCUCUAAGCAGUCAGAAGAAACAUCGGAGGGACCCAGAGAUGCAGAAUGCAGAGUCAAGCAUGAAAGAUCCAGCUAUUCACUGCCCUUCGAGUCUGGGUACAAGGGAGGCAAUUGUAGUAGAUGAGAGGAGAAGCCAAGAUGUUAGUUGUCUACAGAAAGGUUUGCUGGGUCUAAAAACAGAAGAGCAGAGACAGGCAGAAAAAACUGAUGGCAGACCAGGUGUUAUGGGUACAGGGGGUCCACAGACACAAGCCAGAGUUCCAGAUAUUAUAGGAAGAAGUAGACACCUAAAAGAUAUAGAUGACAGUCCACAUGCUGGUGAUAUUAGGGCUUUACGUGUAAGAGAUCCAAGUCCAGAUAUGAGAAGUGCAGAUCCAUCUUUUAGGGGUUCAGGAAUAGUUCAUAGGCACUCAAGGCAUGAUGGCAGUCCAGUUUUAGAAGCAAGGGGCCCUCAGAAUAGGGGUUUUCAGCCACAUGGAAGAGAUGCAGACUUGAGCAAGAGGCAUGGCAGUCGAGAAAGGAGUUUAGAUUCAAAUGCAUCUACAAGUUCAGAGAGCAGGGUUGUAAGAGCAUCUCCAGCAAGGACACAGGAAAGGUGUGGACCACAAAGAGGACGAGAUGUAGCCAUGAGAGGACCAGGGCCAAAUAUGAAUUAUCAAAAUGAGCCAUGGUCAGAUACUGGGGUUGAAAGUAAUGUGCAUGGCCAUGACAUUAGAGAAUCAGAAAUCAUGCAUGAUUUAAGAAGGCCGGAUAUGAGAGGAAUAAGUUAUAUGGGGGCAAGUCAAGAUGUAGGUAGUAUGGGUGGCUCAGAUCCAAGAGGUGAUAGAAGUUCCAGGAGUUCAAGUACAGACAUUGGAGAAACAGGUCAAAAUAGGAGGGAUGAAGGCAUGCAGGAAAGAAAUAUACAGGCUCCAAGGCUCGAGAAAAGAAAUGAACAAAUGGGUCAAGAAGACAGAGGUCCCAUUCCAAACAUUACAAAUCGAGAUUGGAGAGAUUCAAGACUAGGUGGUGUAUGUCCAGAUAUAAAGGAUGAGAGAAUUCAAAAUAGAAAUUUGGGUCCACAUAUGAGGGAUCCAAAUUGGAGUAGCCCAGCAUCCGACAUAAGAGAGGACUGGAGAGGGCCUGAUAGGAGAGGAUCAGGGCCAGUUAAAGGGGGGCCAUUUAUACAAGACAAAUGGAGAAUCCAUCAGCCUGACAGGAAAAGCCCAAACAUGGAGAGCCAGGGGCCUGACAGAAGAAGUGCUGGAUGCCUGGAUUUCAGAGAAUCAGGGCCCGAAAUGAGAAAUCCAAACAUGGGGGGCCUGAGGCAAGACAGGAGAGGAACAGGAGGCCCAGACUUCAUGGGACCAGGGUCUGAAAGGAGAGGCCCUGAUAUGGAGGUCCCAGUGCAUGACAGGAGAGGACCAGGAGGUCCAGAUUUCUUUGCAUCAGCACCUGAAAGGAGAACUUCUCAUGGACCUCCUGACAGGAGACGACCUGUAGGUCCUGAUAACAGUGGACCGGGAUAUGAGAGGAGAGAUCCAGUUAUGGAUGGUCUAGGAUCUGGCAUGAGAGGACCAAGGGGUCCAGACUUUGUGGAAGCAGGGCUUGAAAGGACAGGCCAUGAAGGUCCACAUUUUAGAGGACCAGCACCUGAAAGGAUAAAUCCACCUAUGGAGGGUACAAGACCUGACAUGAGAGGACCAGCAGGUGCAGACUUUAGGGGACCAUGGCCUGAAAGGCAAGGCCCUGAUAUGGUUGGUCCAGGGCUCGGCAGGAGAGAACCAGGAGGUCCAAAUGUCUGGGGGACAGGACCUGAUAGGAGAGGACCUGGAGGUCCAGAUUUCUGUGGACCGGGGCCUGAAAGGACAAAUGUACCUAUGGAGGGUCCUGGGCCUGACAGGAGAGGACCUAGAGGUCCAGAUUUGAGAGGGCCAGGAACUGAAAAUACAGGUCCUGCCAUGGAGGGCCUAGGACCUGACAGAAGAGGGUGGGGAGGUCCAGAUUUCAGUGGACCAGGGUCUGAAAGGGGAGGUCCACCUAUGGGAGGUCCAGGGCCUGACAGGAAAAGACCAGGAGGUCCAGAUUUCCAGGGGCCAGGGCCUGACAGGAAAAGACCAGGAGGUCCAGAUUUCCAGGGGCCAGGGCCUGAAAUGAGAGGUUCUUCUAUGGACCAUCAAGGGCCUGAUAGGAGAGGACCAGGAGGUCCAGAUUUCUGUGGACCAGGGCCUGAGAGGACACGUUUACCUAUGGAGGGUCCUGGGCCUGACAGGAGAGGACUGGGAGGUCCAGAUUUCAGAGGACCAGGAACUGAAAAUACAGGUCCGGCUAUGGAAGGUCCAGGACCUGAAAGAAAAGGACGAGGAGGUCCGGAUUUUAGUGGACCAGGGUCUGAAAGCCGAGGUCCACCUAUGGGAGGUCCAGGGCCUGACAGAAGAGGGCCUGGAGUUCCAGAUUUCUGGGGACCAGGGCCUGAAAUGAGAGAUCCUUCUAUGGACUAUCAAAGGCCUGACAGGACAGUACCAGGAGGUCCAGAUAUAAGAGGGCCUAUGUACGAAAGGAGAGGUCAUAUGGAGGGUCAUGGACCUCACAGGAUGGGACCAGGAGACCAAAACACUGGUGGACUGGGUCCUGACAGGAGAGGUCCAUAUAUGAUGGGUCUUGGGCCUGACUUCAUGGGUCCAAUGCCUCACAGUAGAAAACAGGGAGGUCCACAUUUCAGGGGUCCUGGACCAGAAAGUGGACAUCUAAAUAUGGAGGUCCCUGGGCCAGAUGGAAGCGGUCCAGGCAUCAUGGGACCAUGGCCUAAAAGACCAGGUUCUGGUGUGGAGGGUCCAGGGCCUGAUAAGACUGGACAGCAAGGACCAGAAUUCAUGGAAGCAGGGCCUGAUGGAACAAGACCAUGUAUGGAGGGUCCAGGGGCCAUCAGGAGAGGGCCAAGACAUCCAAACAUGAAGAGACCAGGGCAACAUUCAGGUCCAAACAUUGAGGGCCCAGGGCCUGACUGGAGAGGUCCAGAAGGCCCAGAUUUUAAGGGACCUGGUCCAGAAAGAAGACCUCCAAAUAUGGAGGGAACAGGACACAGCAGGAGCUUUCCAGGAGUCCCACAGUUCAGUGGUCCUAAGCCUGAAAGAAGACCGCCAGAAAUGGCGGGCCCAGAGUCUGAUAGAAGAGGUCCACACUUCAGAGGAGUGGGGCCAGAUAGAACUGUUAUGGAUGGUCCAGUGCCCAAUAGUAAAGGUCCAGGAGGUAUAGAUAUGCAGAGCCCAGGACCUGACUGGAGAAAAUUAGGUGGUCCAGACAUUAGAGGCCCAGGCCUCAGACAGAGAAGUCCAAAUAUAGAAAAUCUAAGACAUGGUAGAAGGGAUGACUGGGGAGGGGCUGACUUUAGAGGGUCUGAACCUAACCAAGAAAGUCCAGAUAUAGAAGGCCCUGGAGCCGAUAGAACAGGUCGAAACUUUAGAGGUCCAAGGCCUAUAAGGAGAAAUACGGAAGGACCAGGGCCAGAGGGGAGAGGCAUGGACAUGGAGGAACAAUGGUCAGAUGGAAGAGGGCCCUACAUGGGGGCCAGGGGAAAUGAUAGAGAGUGUUCAGAAGAUGAAUGGAAAAGACAUGGCAACAAAGAUCCAGUGCCUAUCCAAGGAGGUCUAGAUGAACAAGGCCAAGAACAUGGUAGGGAAGGUCCUUACAAUGAAUGGAGAGGCCCUAGGUGUAGUGAGCCAGGGCCCGUACAGGAAAGGCCUAAUAUGCAAUUUCCAGGGCAUAGGAGAGGUCCCAGAGAUGAUUGGAGUGGUUCUGAUUGUAGUGGUCCAGGGCCUUUCCAGGAUGAUCCAGAUAAAAUGUGUCCAGGGCCUGGUAGACGAAGACCAGGAAAUGAUUGGAGAGAGCCAGAUAGAGGGGGAGCUGGACCAAACAGAAAUGGACCUGGACCAUUUUUCAGAAGAGAAAGAGAUCCAGACAAUAGAGGACAGUGCCAUGAUAUAAGAGGUCCAGGCAUGAGAGGACCAGGGUCAGAUAUGAGGAAUGACAGGAGGCAGCCAGACUUCAGGGGGAAUAUGAGAGGACGAAACAUGGAGGGACCUGGGCCUCAUAGAGGAGGUCCAGAUAUGAUAAACGUAUGCCAAAACAGAAAUCCAGAUUUAAGACAGCCAAGUCUUGAAAACAGAAAUUCAAAUAUUGAAGGUCCAGGGACUGACGGUAGAUGUACAGAUCUUCAAGUGCGAGGAUCUGAAAGGCAAGGUGUGGCUACGGAAAACCCUAGACUAAGUAGACAAGCAUUUGAAAAUGAUUUUAGGAGGGAAAGGAGAGGUCCAGACAUGAGAGGGCUGGGGCCUGAUCAAACAGAUCUGAUGGGCCCAGACCCUGAAAGUUUAGAUAUAAGACAUGGAUCUGGGAGGUGGGAUACAAACACUGGAGGGCCUGGGUUUGAUAGAAGAGGUCCAGACUUUGGUGGUCAAACAACCAAUAACAAAGGAAGAUGCCCAGAGUUGAGAUGUUCAGAUAUUUCUGCACCACCUAAUUUAAAUAGAGGGAGUCAUCAGGAUACCCAAUUCCAAGGCACUAACGAUAAGCAUCCUGCACAAGUCAAUAGGCCCCUAGAUCCAGCUCCAAACAAUGGAGGACAAUCAUGCCCUGGUUUUGACAACCCACAAAAUCAGCAAGCAAUAAAACCCCAGAGACACAGAGCUGCAUUACUUCCCACUCCAACAGAAGGUCUCAUACGUUUUCCAAAUCGUAGGAUCAACAGUCCUGAUGUCUUCAGCCCAAAACAAAAACAAUGUGGCCACCCAACAGACAGGGAGUGGAAUAGAGGUACACUGAUGAGUCGAGAAAGAGAAUUGGUCAAAGGGCAAAGGCAGGAGCAGGAGAAAAGUCCUGCUGGUAAGAUAACCAUACCUGUAGAGGCAGGCACAGGAAGUGGAGAAGAAAAAAAGGAAGAGGGUAAUGCCUAAUAAAUACUAAUAAAAGCAGUGUUAAACCAAGUUAGACACAGGCUAAUACUAGACCGGCAAAAACAUAGAAUAACACACAGUGAAUGUAUUUUGUUCAAGGGGAAUUUUUGUCCAUGUCAUAUUAAAAUCAUAACAUGACCCACAGGCAAAGCCAUGCGAAAGAUAUUAUAGCUUGAUAUGGACAUGCUCAGAGGCAUUUCAGUUCAUUAUGUUCUAGUUUGUCUAUUUCAAAGUAGAUGUGUUUAUUUUUGUUGUUUGAUUAUGACUAAAUGCCUCUUAAACCUAAUUGAACUUCUAAAUUCAAGUCAUGCAUCUCUUGGAAACAGUCAGAAAUGCAGAAAUGUUUUGUGUACAUUUUUUUGUUGUUGUUGUUUUUUUUUUUUUACAUAGCCAUAGUGUCAGUUAAGUAGCCUUUAUCUGACAUUUUUGUUCUACUGCUGAUAAAAAUAAUGGCUGUUCUUGUUCUUUAAGAAUGCAAGGUCAAUAAAAUGACAUACCUU